CGCUAGCUUGACGUCGCUUCUGAGCAGCUCCGAGCGCAGGAGAGAGUGGCAGUGAAUGUGUCUGCGGCAGCGUUUAGCUUUUUAAAAAACGUUAAACUACGACAGAAGAAAACGGGACCAAAGUACCAGACAACCUCGGCAGACCGUGGACUAUGAGAAAAUUUAAACCGAGCCUGGUAACGUCGCGCGGUUUUGACGACAAGCGGCUUUUUGCACAUCUGUAGAGCAUAAUGAGGGCAUCCGCUAUUCUUUACGCCGCUUUUCCCUCCGUGGUUUAGUUAGACGCAGAGUGACACUAUUUAUAAAUGUGUCGCUUUUAGACAUCUUCUCGCGGAAAAUACACACCGAGAGGGGGACCCAGCCUGCAGAUAUUUGGUAAAUUCCCUCCUGCCGUGGGCCCUUGGGGAACAGUGAAGUCAUUUGAGAAGUCACAGGAGAAGAAGGCACGUCUUAAUCAUCUCGAUAGUUUAACGCAGUUUUGCAGGGGGAAAAAAUCGGCUUAGCCUUUCCAUCGGCCGUACAGUCCCCCCAUCGUGCUUUCUAUCUAAUUUUAAAUCUUACAUGGUUUUGUCUUUCUGAGCAUUCAUCGCCAACCCUCCUGUGGGCAUUUACCCCCUCACAGUUAAAGGAUGCCGGAUCAAAUAUCGGUGUCCGAGUUUCUCUCGGAGACAACAGAGGAUUACAAUUCCCCGACAACAUCCAGCUUCACCACCCGAAUGCAGAGCUGCAGGAAUACAGUGAAUGUGCUGGAGGAGGCGCUGGACCAGGACCGAACCUCCCUGCAGAAGGUGAAGAAAUCGGUGAAGGCCAUCUACAAUUCAGGUCAAGACCACGUCCAGAAUGAAGAAAAUUACGCCCAGGCUCUGGAUAAGUUUGGCAGCAACUUCAUCAGCCGGGACAACCCCGACCUGGGAACAGCCUUCGUCAAGUUCUCUUCCCUCACCAAGGAACUGUCGGCACUCCUGAAGAACCUGCUCCAAAGCCUCAGCCACAAUGUGAUCUUCACCCUGGACUCGCUGCUGAAGGGUGAUCUGAAAGGCGUGAAAGGGGACAUAAAGAAGCCCUUUGACAAAGCGUGGAAGGACUACGAAGCCAAGUUUACAAAGAUAGAGAAGGAGAAGCGAGAGCACGCCAAGCAGCAUGGGAUGAUCCGCACCGAGAUCACCGGGGCCGAAAUCGCAGAGGAGAUGGAGAAGGAACGGCGUCUCUUUCAGCUCCAGAUGUGCGAGUACCUGAUCAAAGUAAACGAGAUCAAGACCAAGAAAGGAGUGGACCUCCUCCAGAACCUAAUUAAGUAUUACCACGCACAGUGCAAUUUCUUCCAAGAUGGCUUGAAGACAGCAGAUAAGCUGAAGCAGUACAUCGAGAAGCUGGCAGCUGAUCUCUACAAUAUCAAACAAACUCAGGAUGAGGAGAAGAAGCAGCUGACUGCCCUGCGAGAUCUGAUCAAGUCCUCCCUCCAGUUGGACCAGAAGGAGUCUAGAAGAGACUCGCAGAGCAAGCAGGGUGGCUACAGCAUGCACCAGCUGCAGGGAAACAAGGAGUUUGGGAGUGAGAAGAAAGGCUACCUGCUGAAGAAGAGUGAUGGGCUGAGGAAGGUGUGGCAGAGGAGGCAGUGCUCAGUGAAGGGGGGCAUCCUCACCAUCUCUCAUGCCACAUCCAACAGGCAGCCAGUCAAACUCAACCUGCUCACCUGCCAGGUGAAACCAAGUACUGAGGACCGGAAAUGCUUUGAUCUCAUUUCUCAUAACCGGACGUAUCAUUUCCAGGCCGAGGAUGAGCAGGAGUUUGUCAUUUGGAUCUCAGUGCUGACCAACAGCAAGGAGGAGGCGUUAAACAUGGCGUUUCGUGGCGAGCAGAGCAGCGGAGGGGAGGACGGAUUAGAGGACCUCACCAAAGCCAUCAUAGAAGACGUGCUGCGCAUGCCGGGCAAUGAAGUCUGCUGCGACUGUGGAGCUGCAGACCCAAAGUGGCUGUCCACCAACCUGGGGAUCCUCACCUGCAUCGAGUGCUCUGGCAUCCACCGAGAGAUGGGAGUCCACAUUUCCCGCAUCCAGUCCAUGGAGCUCGACAAGUUAGGAACCUCAGAACUCUUGCUGGCCAAGAAUGUAGGGAACAGUAGCUUCAAUGAGAUCAUGGAGGGAAACCUCCCCUCCCCAUCACCAAAGCCCACUCCCUCCAGUGACAUGACAGUGAGGAAGGAGUUCAUCAACGCCAAGUAUGUGGACCACAAGUACGCGAGGAAGACGUGCACGUCUGCGGCAGCUAAAAUGAUCGAGUUGUUCGAGGCGGUUCAGUCCAGGGACCUGCUGGCACUGAUUCAGGUCUACGCGGAGGGGGUGGAGCUUAUGGAGCCGCUUCCAGAGGCAGGACCGGAAGCUGGAGAGACUGCGCUGCACUACUCUGUACGGACUGCUGACCAGACCUCCCUGCACUUGGUGGACUUCCUCGUGCAGAACAGCGGUAACCUGGAUAAGCAGACGGAGUGGGGGAACACCGCCCUGCAUUACUGCUGCAUGUACGAAAAGCCAGAGUGCCUCAAGUUACUCCUGAGGGGCAAGCCUGCCACCGACAUCACCAAUCAGAACGGAGAGACGGCGCUGGAUGUUGCCAGGCGACUGAGGAACACUCAGUGUGAGGAGGCACUCAUGCAGGCCGCAGAGGGGAAAUUCAACCCGCACAUCCACGUGGAGUACGAGUGGAGCCUCCGACUGGAGGAGAUGGACGAGAGCGACGACGACCUCGACGAUAAGCCCAGUCCCAUCAAGAAGGACCGCUCCCCGAGGCCUCAGAGCUUCUGCCACUCCUCCAGCCUCUCACCCCACGACAAGCUCUCCCUGCCGGGCUUCAUCAGCCAGAGGGACAAGCAGCAGCGUCUCUCCUACAGCGCCUUUACUAACCAGAUGUACAGCGCCUCCACCGACCUCAGCUCCUCCCCGGUGGCCGACGGGCCGCCGCUGCCACCCAGGAACCAGGGCAAAGCUCCUCCCCCAUCCGGCCCUCCCUCUUCACUCACACCAGGAGGCAGCUCCACCCUGUCCAAGAAGAGACCACCGCCCCCCCCUCCUGGACACAAACGCACCCUGUCCGACCCACCCAGCCCACUCUCUCACAGUCCACACAGUAAAGGGGGCGUAACCGGGGGAAGCGACUCCACCCCUCCUCCGGUGACUAAGAUGUCUCCUGUUUCCAACAAGUUUGAAGGCAUUCCUCAACAGCAAAGCUCUACUUCAAGCAACACAAAGUCUACACUUGGUCCAAGGGUUCUUCCCAAACUACCUCAAAAAGUGGCAUUGCGUAAGAUUGACACCAUACACCAUCCGUCUGUGGAUAAGCCUAGCCUUCCUCCAGAGGUCUUCCAGAAGUCUCCGCCGCCAGCUGAAACCCCGCAGAAGGUUCCUCUGGUGGAGAGGCCUCAGCCGGGAGACCUUCCCCCAAAACCGCAGGUGUCUGAACUCCCCCCUAAACCUGGAGACCUUCCUCCGAAGCCGCAGCUCUCUGACCUCCCUCCCAAACCUCAGCUGGGUGACCUACCACCUAAACCCCAGCUCAAAGACCUCCCUCCUAAGCCUCAUCUUGCAGACAUCCCCCCGAAACCUGGGUCAGUCGAGUCUGCUCCCAGAGCGCCCCACGGAGAGCCGACGCCAAGGCCUCAAAUACAGCCUCCACCUCCGCCUCAAACUCAUCCUCAACCACAACCUCAACCGCACCCGCAGCCUCAAGACUCACCGUCACCUAAUCAGCAGGCAAAUAUAGGGACCCCAUCUCAACAGUCUGCUGAAGACACCAACGGGACCCCUGCAGGGACCCAAGAGACACCUGUGCCCCUCCCAAGGAAGAUCACAACGGGGAAGAACAAAGCCCGGCGGGUGAAGACGAUCUACGACUGCCAGGCUGACAACGAUGACGAACUGACAUUUGUUGAAGGAGAGGUGAUUAUAGUAACAGGGGAAGAGGACCAGGAGUGGUGGAUCGGGCACAUUGAAGGAGAUCCGGAAAGAAAAGGAGUAUUCCCCAUGUCUUUUGUGCACAUCCUGAGUGACUGACAGCCAGAAAGACUUGCACUACGCCUCUCUCCCUAAAUUGGGAGGUCCUGUAAAUAGCUCUCAUAACACCUCUUGUCACAAGACAAGUGUCCUAAAGAAGAAAAAAAAACAACACACCAAGAAGAAACCCCACGAAGGCUCAUCUAGCCAUGGAUGCCUCAUCCAUGCUGUAUAAAGAAUGUGUGUAUUCUUCCUCUACCAGUAUUAUCUUAACCCUAUAGCACGGCUGUGACGAAGCCACUCUCAAAACCCUAGCACUUACCUAAAAGUCUAUGUUUAUGCUGUUACUGUGUAUAUAUGUAUGUAAAUAUAUAUAUUUGUGUGUGAGUGUACAUACAUGUUUUAUUGUACAAAACAUGUACCAUUGCUCUCUGCCUGUCAGAUUAAGCAUCAGGGUGGUAGAGUUUGAAUUUUAUCUGUAUUGAUUUUACCGGCCCUCAAAUAACUAUCUGCUUAUAUUUCUGGAAAAAGGACAAAUACGAAAUGGAAUGUGAAAUAGGUCAUGUCAUUGUUUGUGUCUUGCAUCCCUGUUUACCACCACAAUUGACUAAAGAGGCAGGAAGUCUCCCACUGACUCUUCCCGAGAUGGAAGAAAGAGAAAAAAAAAGUCAUUUAAUGUACUCCUUGUUCUUGCUUGCUUUGUGUGUACUCGUAUUAUGGUUGUUUUACAGUAUAGAAACCUGCUGCUACUGUGUGGUGGAAUAUCAACGCCUGUGGUUCACUGUAGGUCACUAAUUUACUCCUUGUUACACUGUUCACUGUAUGUAUGCUCUGUGUGUGAACUCAACGCCAUCUCCACAGUCCUUUGACCUUAUUCUGUGCAUGGUGUAACAAUGACUGGAAAUGAGUGGAGUGCUGCGUUCGACGACGCUCACCUCAGGGUUUGAAGAGCCACUAUUAAUAUAAAGCAGGACUACGCAAAAGGUAUCCUGUUGUUAAAAGCCACUAUUAAUGACAAGUACGGGAAACUCCAGAGGACAUCUUAGCAAUAACUUGAUUUUUCUGACAGGCUAGAAGUCUCACAACAACCUGUGUUCACAGUUCAGUGUCUUGUAAAACCUCAUGAGCUUGAAUUUUUUUCCUUUUUUUAGUUUGAGUCAUGUGAUAUCAUUCUCCGUUACUGGAUUCAGUCGUAGGCAGUAUAAAAGACGGACGGAGAUGGUCGCCGGUUUUGGACUCUGUAUUUUUUGAAGCUUCGGCGCCGUUUUAGUCGGUGCCAUGUUGGCUUUUCAAAGCCAGAAGUUACCUUAUAUGGCACGCUGCGUUCAUAAACAGUAUGGGUGUGCUGAGUAACACACUAAUGAUAUUAAUACUAGAAUCUAACUCGGCAAAAUUGAAGGAGAAACUUCUUGGAUGGUCUCUACCACACAACUAUGAUAUUAGUUGAGAUCUAUUAAAAAUGGUCUGAAAGGCACCAACAGCACAAAGUGGACGAGGCCUAGCAGACAAUUGGGAUGCCUUUCAGUCUAUGUGGCCACACCCCUAACUUAUAUACCUAGAUGGAUGAGUUUUAAAAAAAGUUAAGGGGGUAGAAACUACCCCUGAGACCAAAAAUGUUUGUUUUUCUACCAGGCUGUAAACAUGCUUCUUAAUGCUGUCAAGUUAUUUUAACAUGGGAGUCUACUCCCUUCUGGAGCCAGCCUCAAGUGGCCACCAGAGGAACUGCAGUUUCCCUGCUGGCUUCGUUUCAGCUCCAGCAGUUGCCCCUUGGAUUUAGUACAUUUCCAGGUUUACCUGUGAACCAGAGAUGUCUUUUUAGACGAGGUGGACUUUAGAGAGCCGAUGUAUUUUCACCUGGUCCACACAGACCUGCAGUUCUUCCCAUGUUAAGGAACAAACCCAUCAACCCAUUGUAUCAUUAAAAGUGCUGUAUUUAAACUUCGA